AUGAGUAAGACAGGAGCAAAUUUUGGAGGCACUGUUGGUUGGGAUGAACAAACUGUUAUAGGUAAACGUGCACCACGACCCGGAGAAUUAAAAUCUGAGUCAGCUAUUGCAGCUGCUGAACGUGCUGGUGUGGCUAUAGAUACAUCAAAGAAAUAUGCUGCUGGACAUAAUAAACAACAUGAAGCAGCAAAAAAUACAGCUGUAUUAGAUCGUGAAACAGAGGAAUUACAUCAUAAUAGAGUUAAUCCUGAUGUUUCACGUGCUAUUCAACAAGCACGAAUUGCAAAGGAAUGGACACAAGCUGAUUUAGCAAAACAUGUUAAUGAAAAACAACAGGUUAUUAAUGAAUAUGAACAAUCGAAAGCUAUACCAAAUCAACAAGUUUUAAGCAAACUGGAAAGAGCUUUAGGAGUUAAAUUACGUGGAAAAGAUGUUGGUCAACCAUUUAGUACUGGGCCAAAGAAGUGA